GUAAAUUGUGUCGAUUUAGUAUCUUGAUGUCACGUGAUUAAAAAUUCGAUUUACCCGUUUUUAAAUUAUUGAAUCCAGAUAUUUAUCGGUACUCUUUUGUCAUUAAUCUUAAAAGUUGGAUUAAUUCUAGAAAAAUACACCCGAUGCUCCUGCCAUCUCGUGUUCGUAAAGAUAAGUAUAAAAGCAUGCUGUUUGGUGACAUCUGAUCGGUAUUUCUAGUCAGGAUAGAAAAUAUAUAUGUCAAAAAAUAGAAACAAGAAGGGAUUAAAAGCUGGAAACAAGAAAUAUGCCGCAGAGAGACAGAAUAAAAUGAGAAUAUGCAGUAACGAAGCUAAUGAUGAAUUGGAAUCUCACUUUGAUGAUUUAAAGCUUGAUGAGAAAGAUGACGAUUCUUCUUAUCCCACUGUACCGUUUAACGUGGCAAUGUGGGAUCUGAAUCAUUGUGAUCCAAAAAAAUGCUCGGGACGUAAAUUAUCUAGACUCGGACUUAUAAAAACUUUAAAACUAGGCCAGCGAUUUAAUGGAAUUAUUUUAACUCCAUCAGCCAGCCAAUGUGUUGCUCCAGAUGACAAAGAAAUUAUUGAUAAAUAUGGAGUUGCAGUUGUCGAUUGUUCUUGGGCCAGAAUUGAUGAAACACCAUUUUCAAAAAUGAAAGGGUCACAUCCCAGACUGUUACCUUAUCUAGUGGCUGCUAAUCCGAUUAAUUACGGUCGACCGUGUCAAUUAUCUUGCGUUGAAGCAUUGGCGGCAGUGUUUUAUUUAAUCGGUUAUGAUGAUUUUGCACACAUGUAUUUAAAAAAAUUUAAAUGGGGUCAUUCGUUUCUCGAACUCAACAAAGAGAUUUUAGAUAAGUGUCGGGAAUGCCAUACUAGUUUAGAAGUUGUACGAGUACAAGAACAACACUUAAAUCUGUUGGAAGAGGAAGCUGCUGCUAAGAAAGAUGAGAUUGACUUACCACCAUUGGUAGAAAGCAGUACUGAUGAUGACGAAGAUGAUUAAAAUGUUAAUUAUUUGUAAUAAAGUUUGAUGAAAAAUCA